UUUAAUAAACAUUCACUUGCUUUAAAGUCAAGUCAACUUUGAGAAAUCAGUCAUCCUAAGAAAAGAGAAGAACAAAUUCAAACGAACAUGGCGACAAGAAAUAAAAGACGAGGCAUCCCACUAACCUAACUACUCCUAAACCACUUUCUUAUCCACUAUAUAUAAAUCCAUAUUCUUCUUCUUCUUUUCUCCCUCAGGUCUUUCCAAAAUGGUAAACCAUUCCCCAAAGCAACCAAAAGGGCUCUCACCAAACAAACAAAGCAAAUUCAAAGAAAGAAGCAUAACAAAAAACUCCAAAACCAAAUUUGUUGGGGUUAGACAAAGGCCUUCCGGCAAAUGGGUAGCAGAAAUCAAAGACACUACACAAAAGAUAAGAAUGUGGCUUGGGACUUUUGAUACAGCAGAAGAAGCUGCUCGAGCUUACGAUGAAGCUGCAUGCUUGCUUCGUGGUUCGAACACUCGAACCAACUUCACUAAUCAUGUUUCUACUAAUUCCCCUAUCUCUAUCAAGAUCAGAAAUCUCCUCAAUCACAAGAAGAACUCGAAACAAAAUUGUCCUGCAAUUACCACUUCAAAGAAAGCCACUAUCAAACCAACUACUAUAAUUAGCAGUAGCAGCAAUAUUUUAGCAGCAAAUAAUAGCAAUGAUAAUAACAGCAGUGAUGUUAGACAAGAAAACCAGCAGACGUAUGAUGAUGUGUACAGACCAGAUUUGAGCAACUGCAAUAUGGGGCUCGAACUGGCCGGUUCAUCUCAACUUUACUAUUCAUGGCCAUUGCCGACUGGGUUUGAUCAGAUUCCACUAAUGCAAGAAGAGUUGGCAAGGAAUGUCAGUCAGUUGUGUGAUCCAAGUCAUGAGUUAGAACUAGCUGAAUUUGAGCAAAUGAAGGUAGAAAGACAGAUAUCAGCAUCACUGUAUGCAAUGAGUGGAGUAAGUGAGUACUUGCAGAGUGCUAAUUAUGAUCCAAAUGAAGCUCUCUGGGAUCUUCACACUAUGGGUCACUUGUUCUGUCAUACUUAAUUCUCCCCAUUUACCUUCUAUAAGAGUUGAUGUAUCAAGAUACAGAGGCAUAACAAAUAGCUAUUUUUGAUGAA